AUGGAUUCCAGUUAUAUUUCACGAGAUGCAUAUAGAGACUUAGCUGCAAUAAAUUUUCACUUACCACAUGAAUAUAUUAUUGCAAAUGAACGAAAUAAUUUAACCCAGGAGAUAAUCAAUAAGAUUCAGAUUAAUCUUAUAAAUAUGAUUAAGGCAAUAAACAAUUCUAAUUUGGAAGAAGAACCUAAUCAUAUUGAUAUAAUUCCUGAUAAUAUCGAUACUAAUACUAUUAACGUUAAUGAAAUCAGUAGAUCUGAAUAUAUAGGUGAACAACGUGACUUUAAAGAAAUCCUUCGAUACAUAAUUUCGUAUUUGAUACAGGAAAAUGUUUUAUCAGCUAAUAAUCCAACAAUUCAUAUACGAAUUUCUGGUGAUAGUCAGAAUGUAGAUCGAAAG